GUGGGAAUAGAAAAGGGACUGACACGACCCAAGAAGUUAAAACGCCCAGUGGAAAACCCUUUCCGACAAGGCAACCAGAUUUUGGCCAAGAAGGUCAAACGACCGGUUCUUCAAUUUCUACCCCUCCUUCUGGGACACCUCCUGUGCAAAUGCAGAAAGAAAUAAAAAAAAUAGAAGAGAAUAUUACAAAUAAGCUUGUGAAAACGUUUUCGAGAGAACUGGAAAAGCAAUGCAUGUCUUUUAGCCUUUUGUUAAUUCAAAAAAUUUUAUUAAUACAACGUCAGGAGACUAUUCUUAAAAUGGUAUCUCAAUCACUUAGUACAAACACCACCAAGCUGUUAGAAUCUACGAUCCGCAGUGAAAUUCAGAAUUCUGUUCUACCCGCGUUAAGCAAAAUGGUGACUAACGCCGUUGAUAAGCAUGCUCACAGAGGGAUUUCCGAUGCAGUAAAUAAGAGUAUACCGGCAGCGAUUGAGAAGUAUAUUGCGGAAAAUAUUCAACGUGUUCUCUCAAAAACGUCAGUAACUGAAUCCAUCGCGAAAGGAGUGUCCAAAUCUAUUAGACCAAUUAUAGAAGAAACUUUCAGAGAGAAUUUUACGACCGUACUUAUUCCUUCAUAUCAAAAGGCUACUAAUGCGAUGUUUGAGCAAAUUACUGCUACUUUCGAGGCUGGGAUUCAAGACAUUGCGGUCAAGAGUGCACAAGCUUCCUCAUACACUACUAAUAUAGCAAACGUUGAUAAAACCGCUUUAGCACGUUUGCAGGCAUCGGUUGAACUUCUUACACAACAAUUACAUCACCUGCAAGCCAACAUAACAAGGCAAGGAGGACAGCAACUUGAACAGCCAAUAAGUCGAACCUCCGAUGAAUAUCCUUUUGAGAAAUUUUUAUUUAACGAGCAUUUUUCUUUCUUAAAAAACACCUUCAAUAUAAUCCUUAACGCAAAUCAGCAAUCUUCUGUAUCUCAACCAGAACCAUACGGUUAUUUACAAUCUGGAAGGGUGCCGUCUUCACAACAGCAAUCACAGCAGCAACAGCAUCCACAACAAUUGUUUUCUCCUGUUGAACCUGAAAAUUCUGAUAGAUCUCUAGAGAGCGGGAAUUAUGAAGAUGCAUUCGUGUCUGUGCUUGCCUCGCAUGAUUUAGCACAAAUCUUGCGCCUUUGCCACAAAAUUAACCCGAAAAUUGUCUUUCUUCCCUCGAGGUCUUUGCUUUCCCAACCUGUCAUUCUUUCGAUUAUUCAUCACUUGUCUUUGGAAUUGGAUAAAUAUUCCGAUUUAAAGCUUGCAUGGAUCGAAGAAGCAAUAUUAAAGCUUAAUCCUAAGGAUCAUAUAAUUAGAGAGCAUUGUGAAAGGCUCUUACCAAUGGUGAAGCAACGUCUUGAACACUAUUAUUAUACGGUUGCUGCGCAGGAUCCCGCAAGCCCAAGUCUAAAAAAUAUUACGCUUUUGAUUCACGUGAUUAAUGGUUUACUUAUAUAA